AUGCUACCAAUUCCUCGCCUCGAGUCUCGAUCUCAACUGAACCUCACUUGGCCUCCAGCCGUCAAAUAUACCCAUCCUAACACUUGCCCCAACGGUGUGACUGCUCCAUCUAUAUCAGGAGCCAAAACUUCCCAUGGCUCCCUCUUGGUUGGAAAGAGUAAAAGCCUUGGUAGCUUUCCCGAAGUCACCACAGAAGGGGACAUUAGGUUAUUGCGGUUGCGGCCCGGCCAAAACGAUGACCCGAUCCACGGAGAAAUAGAACUGUUAUCUUUGAAAGACGAUACUCAGUCUUCAUCGUAUCUAGCCUUGUCUUAUGCUUCCUCUGACGAAGAUGGUGGCCUUCCAACAAAAAGUUGCCCAGUAUAUGUUGGCCUAUACUGGGAUGUUAUAUACACCACAAAGAAUUGCGGUGAUGCUCUCAGAGCAGUCCGCCAUCAAGGCACGGAUCUACCGGUUUGGGUGGACGCUGUUUGCAUAGAUCAGCAAGACAUUGACGACAAGACACGGCAGGCCAGCUUAAUGAGGGAUAUUUAUACCAAAGCGUUAAAGGUGGUGGUUUUUGCCGGAAACCCCUCUUCGGACAGCGAUGUGGCUCUUGAUCUUUUGGCCAUGUUAGCAAAAGGGCCAUCGGUGUCUAGUCGGGUGGCCGCCACCAAGGAGAAAUCGCAAAUUGCCCUCAAAGCUCUCAUUAAGCGGCCUUGUUUUUCUAGGCUAUGGGUUACCCAAGAAGUGUUUCUUGCUAGGAAUCUGGAGAUCCUCUGCGGUAACCGUUCAGAAAUCUGGCCUUCGUUGUUUUCCUUGCCUAGCGGUUUACGCAACAGCGCUUCAUUCUCGUUGCUGGCCCGAAAGAGUGGAGAUAUGCUUACACACACUCGCCUCCUCUUUGAACAUGCUAUGUCUCAUGACUGUUUGGAUCCUCGUGAUAAAAUAUUUGCAGUCCUUGCUCUUCUACACAAGGAAGGUGUACGACCCGAUUACAGCCUCCCUGUAGAGGUUGUUUAUACCGGUAUCACUGCCUAUCUAUUAAAAAACUGUCUUGCUUUUUGGCCGUUAAGUCUCCUGGGAAUGGGGAAACGAGGCUCGGGCUUACCGUCUUGGGUCCCUGACUGGUCUCAGCCCCUAUCGCUAGGUCAUAUAGACCUGGAGCAUAAUGCGGAGGUUGGUUUUCCUCAUAACCAAUUCUUCUUCGAUUUUUAUAAUCCCCAGGAACCAGGGACUCAGCCCGGGCAUAAGAUUAAAUUAUGCGACAUUUCUCCUAUGGAUAAGGUGAUUCCAGGCCCCGACCACCAACGCAUUAUAGUCUUGAAUAGGGGCUGCCAUGAUAAGGAGUACGAGAUAGGAGAAGAUUCUAUAUUUUUUCUGGAUGGACCAGAUUACCCGGUUAUUCUUAGAGGCCAUCCAGGGACCAACACGUAUUCAUUUGUGUCUGUCUGCGACAUCUUUCUGGUAAAGCCGGAAAACGGGUUAAAAUGGAGGGUUCCAUGUGGCCUAGAAGUGCACGAGUGGCCCCUAAAAGUACCCUUAAGGCUUUCUUCAGAGAGCAACAAGGCCAUUCAAGAUUUCCAUACCAGUCUAUUGGAGUUGUGUGGAGUUGAGCGAACACACACCCCGGAGGACACAGACGCUGACCCAGCCACCGCUGCAAGAACUGCGGUUCUUGAUUUUUGGAUUCUCUCCAUGACGGAUUUCAGAACGUUAGAAUCGAGAUUAAGAGCCAGGUGGCGAGCAUGCCAUGACGAUCUGCGGUGGAUAUUCCGCGACCAAGCCGCCAUCUGGAAGUUGAUUCAAGACAUGGACCAGGGGGACCAAAAUGACAUAUCAGGCGUGGGCUCAAUGGGCUUCGGAAAUCAAGCAAGCUUGGGGAAGAAUUAUUCUAUAGAUUAUCGGACCGAAUAUACGUGGGAUCUUCGGAGAUUUCUUUGGUCGUUUCUCAAUCCUAACACGGGAGCUUCGAAAGAUCUGGACGGCGCAUAUAACCCGGUAUACGAAAUGCUAAAAGUCCAUAUUCCUGAGAUCCGAUCAUGGGCCGAAGUAACCGAGAAAUUGAUGAACGCGAUUGACUUUUUACGGGCGGCCCUGGGGAAUGAACGAGAUUUUUUCCCUGGGGUAGAUCUCCCGAAUAAGUGGCGUUCUAGGUGGGAAAACUUUUCCAGGGCAAGGAGUGCAGAAGACCGCCCUGAGAGUGAGGCUUUCAACUCAGAGUGUUAUUGGGACUGGCCGGCGUUUGAGCGAUGUCUUGAGCUGAGGGAUACGCUCUUUGCCCAGGAUCUCCCUCCAGCAUUAGAUAUAACCGAGAACCUUGAGGGCCCCCUGAACUCCUACACAAUAAUACCAGAACGAAGUUGCGCGACAGCGGAGAUGGCUAAAGAACCUGACCCAAUAGCCGUCCCAAAGAAGACAGAUGGCCUCAAGGCGUCCGUUGGGCAUUCUUCGAGCGAGUCGUCCGGUUCUCCCACUUUAUCUCAUGUUACCAGUGCUUCCUCUGCACCAUCAGCCCCCUAA